AUGACGGGUGAAGGGGUGGCGACAGUAUAUCUACAAUAUUCCCUGGGUGCCAGUGCCGCUGUUUUGCUGUUCGCUCUUUUUUUCGGGUGUGCUGUAUGUUGGCACAAAAAACGUCAGAGGAAAGUAUUGGAUUCAGAAACCAUUUACAUUAAUAAGAAGGCUAUUUCGGGCCCAAGGGGAAGUGAUACGCCACCUGUACGGCGACAGAGUGGAACACGUGAUACAGUGAUGUGCGGGGCAACAAAGGCAACUUCUGGACCCGAGUUGUUUUUAUUCGAUACUCUGCGCCAGAUCAACGAACGUAGUGAGACACGUCGACUGUCGUCAUUUGGAUCAUUGCCAAGCCCAGGAAUCCCCCAUAGUGCAAGUACAUCGUCUAUCAGUAGCAGCCAGUCAUCACAGCCCUUCUCACCUUUAGAUUUAGCCCCUCUGUCUCCCCAAGAUACGAGCAACUACAGCACUGACUUCGAAACCGAAGAUGGAACCGCGGACGAGAGCUCAUCUCGUUUACGACCGAAACUAGAUUUUAAUAUUCUCUAUUCUCACGCAGAGUCGACCUUGGUGGUGACGGUUGUCAGGGUUCGCGAUCUACCGGUAAAGACGGGGUCUACCUACGACACGUACGUGAAACUCUACCUACUGCCUCGGUUUCAGGACCCCCUGCGAACUGGUUUAUGUCGUAAAACAACCGAGCCGGAAUUUAAUGAGCACUUCCAAUUCCAUGGCUUGCCCAUGGUAGAAAGUGAAAAAGCCAUCCUAAGAUUUAAAGUUUAUACUAAAGAUUUUUGGAAGAAAAAGAAAAAAUUCGUCGGUGAAGUCAUAUUUCCAUGUAUUGAUGCUGAUUUGAAGUCUGAAACUCCUUGUAUGUAUUCAAGCGAACUGAAUCCGAACAGAAGCAAAGCAGUCAGAAAGCGGAAAGGUAAGAAGAGAAGUAAAGGUCACAUGAAUGUGGGUCACGGAGAACUCUUCAUUCUGCUCCAAUAUCAAGCUGUUUCCAAUAGGAUGAAAAUUUUAGUACGGAAAGCAGAAAACCUCGGAAAGGCGAAUUGGAUUCCAGGCAGUGCAGAUCACCAUGUUGUAAUAAAUCUGACGAAUAAAGGCAAAGUGGUGGAAUCAAAAGAAACUCGAUUACAAAGCGGUCACUCCCCCGUUUGGAACGAACCGUUCUUGUUCGACAUCCACAACAGACACGUCAGCAACUAUUCGCUAGAGUUCAUUCUAAUGAAGGGACGUUUUUACUCGCGACACGGUGUGGUCGGCCACGUGUUGAUUGGCCCUGAUACCACAGAAUCGGGCAUUGCUCACUGGAACGAGGCCAUGCAGCCACGUGCGCGAGAAACCGCCAGAUGGCACUCUAUUUUGCCGGUCAGUAAAUACUGA